GGUAAACUGGGUAUAGAACAUGGCGGCCAAAUGAUCGAAUCAUCAUUUUCGUCAUUUUUGGUACAUCAUGGGGACCGUUGAGAUACUGAAAAAGAUAGCAGUUUAUGGAGCUGCUUUUUCUGUGAUCGGAGCCGCUUUUUUCCAUCAUAGAAUACAAGCUAACAUAGCUUCCAUGGACUAUUAUCAGAUGUGUGUUGCUGAGUUCAGAAAGCAUGAUCAAGCAGUAGGAAUAGUUGGUCAGCCUGUUGGAUUCCGAUACCUCAAUUUAUCAAGGAGGGACAUCAUUUUAGACCAACAUCAGGCCCAGAUUGUAAUACCACUGCGAGGAAGCAAAACUACAGGAAACUUGUAUGGAUAUGCUACAAGAACAGACUUAUCUAAAGGUUGGAUUCUGAACAAACUAGAAUUAGAAGUCAGUAAUGCUAAAGAUAGAAUAGUAAUUAUUGAUGAUAUGUCACCUGAUAAUAGUUGAUAGGUUUGGUCACUUUAUUAAAUAGAGCAGAACACAGUAAAGUAUUGUUAAUAAAAUUUGUAUAUUCUGA